AUGAUCAGCACUCAUGUGAGGUCAUUCUCUUGGAACCGUUUUUCUGUUAUCCUCAUUUUAAGGUUUAGACUCUCCCAGUUUUACAUCCUGACUCAGUCGUAUCUGAACAAGAAAUCUCAAGAGAAGAAGCAUAGAUCUUCACUUACAAUCAAGGUUUUCUCGAUCUACGAGAAGAAUCUGCAACAGUUAGAGAUUCCCAGAUUCCGGGUUACAAUGGAUGGCCAGGCCAACUGCCGGGGUAUGGAUCAAACCCAAUUGAGGCUAUCCAUGUUGACUCAACAAGUGCAGUUCCCGUCAAGAUCCCAUGUCUUACAUCUUACCACCAUCACAUGUCACGCCUCAAAAUCUGGGCCUCGAAUGUCAAUUUGA